AGAAAUAGUCUAAAAAACAUUCUUUCUUGCUCUAAAGGAGAUCAUCAGUUGCAGACAAACAAAGGAGGUUUUAGCUCUCUCUCUCUCUCUCUCUCUCUCUCCCCCUUUGUGAAGUCAUCAGAGUUCCUUUUCCUUUCUUUUUAUCUUCUUCUGAAGUUAAUGGAUGCUGAUAAAUGGUCACAGGGUUUUCAGAGUAUUGGCAUGGUGAAGUCCAUGGAGGAGAUGGUGCCCAACACAUGCACAAAGGGAGGGCCAGUUCUAGAGAGAAAAGCAAGGCCACCGGAGCAAUUGAAUUGCCCGAGGUGCAACUCCACAAACACCAAGUUCUGUUACUACAACAAUUAUAGCCUCACGCAGCCGAGAUACUUCUGCAAGACUUGCAGGAGGUACUGGACCGAAGGCGGGUCUUUGAGGAAUGUGCCGGUCGGCGGUGGUUCGAGGAAGAACAAAAGAUCGACGACGAUAUCGACCUCGUCGUCGUCAUCGACUUCAGCCAAAGUCCCAGAUCUAAACCCGACGAGUUUCCCACACUUUUUGUCGUCUCAAAACCCUAAGGCAGCAGCCUACAAAGGCCAGGACCUUAACCUGACUUUCCCGGCUAUGGAAGAGACUCAUCAUGGUUCAGGUUUAUCUCAUUAUAAUGACCACCAAAACUACUACUCGCCUUCAGCUAUUGAUCUCCUCAGGGCCGGGAUGGUAUCAUCAAAGGGGCUGAAUUCUUUCGUUCCGGCACCGACACAAGACUCGGCUGCGCUUUACUCGACCGAGUUUCCCAUGCAAGACUAUAAACCGAUACUCAGUUUUCCGAUCGAUGGAGCUAGGGCUUCUGGCGUGCUCCAUGGUGGUCAAGAGAAUAAUGGUGGAAGGGUUUUCUUCCCUUUUGGAGAAAUGAAACCCAUUUCGAGCUCUAAUGAAGUCGAUGAUCAAAACAAGGAACAAAGCAAUUCAGCUGGAUAUUGGAAUAAUAAUGGAGUGCUACGUGGAGGAUCAUGGUAAAAGAAAUGGAGGAGGAGGAUCAAGGAACUUCUUUUUCCUUAAUUUUUCUUUCACUCUUUUUUUUCCCAGAUGGUUGAUUUGAUCAUUACUUGUUAAAAGUAUUCUAGAACUAACAGAUCAUUAUCAUAGGAUAUAUAUAUAAUGAUGGGGUUUUCUUUGCUUUUCAUUCUCCUUUCUCUCCUA